AUGUCGCACAUGACUCCUAAAGACUCCAGAGAAAGUCGGUCAACCUCAAGAAACACGACGAACUCGGAGGAUGCUAAUUCCAAAACUAUGGAUGCGCUAGCAAAAGCUGUUGGUGUCCAAGCUUCCAUCAACUCAUUCCGAGAAGAAAACCGGGCGUCUAUUGCUUCUUUACACACAACGCUUAAUGCACUUGGCCAGAGAAUUACGAGUGUGGAGGAAGGACUUAAUGAACUGGAUAAAAGAUUGGACGGUGUGGAGCUAUCACAAACUUCCUUAGCUAAGGAGAAUUGCAAGCUAAGGGAGAAAGUAUCAUACCUGGAGAAUUACACAAGAAGGCAGAACAUUAGAAUCGUCGGGAUAAAGGAAAACAUAGAGGGAACAAAGCCAACGGAGUUCAUCGCUAAUCUACUUGUGGAGUUGUUUGGAGAGGAUAACUUUCAAAUGUCACUGCCUGUGGAUAGAGCUCAUCGAAGCCUUGCUCCUAAACCGCGAGAUGGCGACAAACCCCGACCAUUCAUUGUAAAGCUACAUCACUUCCAGACCAAAGAGCGGAUCCUGCGCCUUGCGCGAGAGAAAGCCACACUGCAGUUCAUCCACGACAAGAAGCGUAUGAAGUUCACCGACCCCGUAGAGGCACUUGCAUACAUCAACAAUCACAUCGCCGGCAAAUCUCCUCCACGCUCCACUCCGGACGAGGAUAAUCAAGGUAUGACAAUAAAACUUCUAUCUCUGAGGUCCAGGCGGUCAGGGCGACUUGAUCCACUCUUGCUGGCUGACUCUGACUUUGUUGAGUUUGUCUCAGAACAAAUAGAUUUCUACCUGGAAACCAACAGAACAGAUGACAUAUCAGCCUCAACUCUGUGGAAGGAGGAGUUACAGAAAGAGGAAGAGAGACACAAAUUGGAGGAGGAGGAAAGACAGCAGAGGAAGAAGAGAAUUGAGGAGAUCAUGAAACGCACUCGCAAAGCUGACGUUAAGAAAGAUGACACAUUUAUGGAACCCACAUCUCCAGUGAACCAGGACAGAUCACCCCCAGAACCUCAGGAGAAGUUGGCGGCCCCCCAUGGAGACAAGCAGCACCAGGAUGUCAUUGUUGUGACGGCUGCCAUGGCAACGCCUCCUAUGGCCAAUGAGAAGCUUCAACUGCAAGAGGCGAAGAGUCAGGUGAAUGACUCAAAGAUGGAGGAAGCGGGGUCAACUUCACCGAUGACAAACGGCAUCCAAGCAAAGCACCAAGUGACCUCGGAGGUGGGCAGAGGCCAGGCAACAGCCACGCCCACCCAGCCUCUCUGCCUAGCUGGCACGGAUCAGAUCAGUGAAUGCAAACCAAAGUCCACCCCCCACUCGACAACUACAAAUGGGAGCAUCACAUCACAGCCCCCUCCUCUGAAGACUAAGGACAGCCUCAUCACAUUGCACUCCCCUCCUCCAAAGAGCAAGGACAGCCCCAUCACAUCUAAGCCUCCUCCUCCGAAGACUAAGGACAGCCCGAACACAGAGCAGUCCCCUCCUCUGAAGAGCAAGGACAGCCUGCAAGAGGAAAGAAAACUGCAGCUUACCUCUUCAGCUCCUCAGACUCUCACUGACCAGGCUACUGUUUCGCCAGCGCAUACGGCUACUGCGGUUACGGUUACUUCAGCAAGGACGAGUAAAGAUGCAGUCAUCGCCACGGCAAACCAUUUGGACAGAAAAGAUAAGGGGGUGGGGCUUGGGGCCUCAGUGUUGCCACGGCAACCCUCUAGUGUCCAGCUGGAGGGAGUCGCAGGGGCCCCAAAAGAGGAGGAGGAGGCCCAGUCCAUGGAUGUGAGCCCCGUCUCUAAGGAUGACCUAGUCUCCAUCCCAGAAUUCUCUCCUCUGCAAGAAGAGGCGUUACUAACCCAGACUAACUCCGCCCACUCUUCCUGUACAAGCUCCUCCCCUACGAGAGCCCUUCUGGAUCUUCUGGACCUCACUGGACACGUGGCGUAUCCAUGCCCUGUUGCCACGGCAACCGCUGCUUUGUCAUCAUCCUCCUCUACUAUCUCCGUGGUAACCAAUCAGCCCGGUGACUGUAACCGCAACCCUGUGACGUCCUCAGUGACAUUGUUGUCUUCGACCAGUGAUCAGAAGCAUCAGAAUCAAUGUCGACCAAUCCCAUCACCGAUAAAGCCCGUUACCAUGACCCUACCUGCUGUGGUCAUAAAGGACGGGACAACUACAGCAUUGCAAGGCAGAGGCAAAGUGGAUGCUUGAAGGACUACUAUGCAGUGACUUGAUGGCCACUCUCCAGUCGUGUGUGUGUGUGUGUGUGUUUGUAAGAGAGAGAGAGAGGAUGUGUGUGUGUGUGUUUGUAAGAGAGAG